CCGUGGAUCAUCUUCAGUUUAGUAUAUUCGACUAAACCGUUGAACUAAAUUAAUUAGUCCAAUAAUGGUUUUCCUAAAAACUUUAAUUGUUCUCGCGAUCUUGGCUUCUGCUGUCAAAGCUGCUGAAGAAGAAAAAAUGAAUACAACGAAAAUAAUUGUCCACUGUUCAUCAAAAAACGUCAGCGUAAAAUACAUACCAGAAGCGAAUAUAGCUGGUAAAUUUUAUUUUAAAAACUCUACAGAUCCGGCGUGUCGAAAAGAAUUUUUAAAAGGAGCUGAAGAAACGUUAGAGGUGGAUUAUGAAACUUGUGUUCCGGACAGGAGUAAAAACUUUAGCAUUAUUGUCGAGUACGUUAAUGAAGCAAAUAAAACUAAAAAACUCCGUGGGUCUGGUAGUUGUCAUCUGCCACCUGUUCAGAAUCUUACAUUUUCAAAAGGCCUGACAGUCAAGGCAGCACCACCAGCCAAAAACGAUACAAGCGUUGAAGAAUCAGAUAUUGAAAUUGAGAUGAUUCCUAUUGAAGUGACGAGUGAAUCAGCCCUGAAAGGUGACUUGAAAUUACUCAACAGUGAAGACAUAGAAGUUGAAGAAGUUACUGCAGGAGACAAGAUAAAACUGGAAGUUGAAGUAUCAGGAUCUCCGGAAAUUUUGGAUCAGUACAAGAAGAUCUUCGUCGAAUCAUGUGUUAUUACUUCGACUAGCAAUGAAUCAGACAAAGUUGAAAUCAAUUACAGUUGCAAUUCAACUGAUCUCGAGAUCCCGCAAUGGACUGAGAAGGAUAAAAAGUUGACUUCUGAGUACACAGCUAAGCAGCUUGGUGAAGACAACAUUAUUACUAUUGACUGCUCAAUUACGGCUUGUAUUAAAGAAGAGGACUGUCCUAAGCCUGAGUGUCCAGAAAAAACUCCUGCUAGAAAAAUUCGUGAUGUACUUGGCCGCUUGCUUACUUAUAAUCUUGACAUGGAUGAUUCCAAAUUCGAAACAAUUAACGUCAACUCACCACCUUUAACCAUCUCUGGAAUGAAAGAAAAAUAAUUUCUU